AUGCGCGUAAUACCAGCCGUGCUCUCGCUAGCUGGCAUAGUCGCAACAUCAACAGCCGCCACUGCAUUGCCCAAUGUUUCGACAGGCUGCAAGGCGCUGCAGGCGCCCCUUGGGGAUUUGCUGUUCUUCGCCGGCGGCGGCGUGUACGAGUACGAGGCGGCAAAAUUUUGGUCGAACACGGAGCUGAUGGCUCCUGGAUGUGUGUUCCGACCGCAGUCAAGCGCACAGCUUGCUGACGGCAUUGUAGCGCUGGUUAAUGCCAAUGCGCAGUUCGCUGUUCGGGGCGGUGGGCACAUGGGUAUCCGGGGUUCAAACAAUAUCAACGAUGGUGUUUUAAUUGUUAUGUCAAAUUUGACCACUUUGGAGUUGUCGGAGGAUCAGUCCAUUGUGUCUAUUGGUCCUUCUCACCGGUGGAGUGAGGUCUAUGGAUACCUGCAGAGUUUUGGACUGACCGCUGCCGGUGGUCGUCUCGGCCCUGUCGGUGUGCCGGGACUGCUCCUCGCUGGCGGUAUCAACUUCUACGGUAAUCAGGUUGGCUUCGGCUGUGAUACCGUUGUCAACUACGAGAUUGUCCUUGCCGAUGGCUCAAUCGUGGAAGUAAACAAGACAAGCUAUCCCGAUCUGUUCUGGGCUUUGAAGGGUGGAAGCAGUAACUUCGGCAUCGUCACUCGGUUCGACCUGGAGACUAUCAAGUCGCCCAAGGUCUGGGCUGGUGCCCAUACCGUGUCCUCUGAUUACAUCGAUGAGUUCCUGGCAGCUGUGGCUACUUACGCGUCUGACAUCUAUGACCCCAAGACGCACAUUGUACCAGCCCUUGUGACUGGCGAGACUACUCUCGCCUCCGUAAUUUUGUUCUAUGACAGCGACAGCAUCAGCUACCCCGAUAUUUUUAAGCCGUUUACCAAUAUCCCGGCUAUCAGCAGCACGCUUGACUUCAAAACGGUCGCCGAAUUUGCUGCUGAGACAGGUGCAAUGGUCAUUGAUGGCAUCAAUGACGUAUUCGUCGCCGGAACCGUCAAGGGCACAAGCUACAAGGAGCUUAUCAGCGGCAUCAGUAUCAUCAAGCAAACCUUCUUCAACGAGCUCCCCAAGCUGUACGCGCAGGUUCAUAUGGCCAACAUCUCCACUAUCCAGCUAGACUGGCAACCUAUCGGCGCCGACUGGAUGAAGGCCUCCGAGUCUCACGGCGGAAACGCCCUCGGCCUGGACCCAUCGCAGGUCUAUCUGUGCUACGCGGAGGUGGUUGAGUGGGUUGGCUCGGCCUAUGAUGACCUUGUUGCUUCCUGGGUAGAAGAGACCACCUACAAAAUCAACAAUGCCACCCAGAAAGCCGGUCUCUACGACGCCUUUAACUACAUUGGUGAUGCUGCUGGCUUCCAAUCUAUCUUCCCUGGCUAUGGUGGGGAGAACCACCAGAAGCUUAUUGAUAUUGCAGAGAAGUAUGACCGUCAGGGUGUUUUCAAGACUCUUAUGCCUGGUGGAUUCAAGGUUUAG